AUGAGGGCAGCUGCACGUCUCCUCGCCAGCGUCAAGCCUGGCCAGUUCCUUGAGGCCGGCACUCCCACGGGUCUCACAGGGCUCCUUACCCACCCGUCGCCGCGCUCCGCGCUGCUCUACCACUACCACUCGACUCUUGACAAGCUCAAGAAGAUUCCCGAAUCAUCCGUAUACCGCCAGUCAACCGAGGCCCUUACAAAGCACCGUCUUGCCAUCAUCGAGCAGUCCAAGCCAGCGGGAUGGGACGAGUGGCAGCAAAAGAUCGCCAUGCAAGUUAGCGACGACCCAACCAGAUACCAGGUCCUCGACACAUCAGCCGGACAAACCAUCGUAAUCCCAAACCAGGCUGAGGUUGACGAGCGGUCAAAAGCAGCCGAGUGGGAUGGAGAGAAGAUCGAGACGUUCCCCGAGGGUAUUCGUUCGUCCAAAGAGCGACUGCCCCAUGCGAGGAAGAUGAAGGGCGACGUCAACUACACACCUGAGCGGGUGAUGAACGAUAUCAAGUUUGACCCCGAGCCGCAGUACACUGCCGAAGCUAUUUCCGACCUUGAGAGCAGACUUGGCGCGGGCCUGAUUGAAGAAGUCAUUCAGGUCGCUGAGGGCGAGCACAAGCUCGUCGACGUCAUGACCGAGGCCAAGGUUUGGGAGCCACUCGAGGAGCCUGCGCCAGAAGGCCAAUGGUCUUACUUUGAGCGCAUGACACACACAAAGACACAGAAGCCAUAG